AUGCAGAAUCAGCGAGCUUCUCUCAGCACUGGUGGCUUCUCUAGCCAAUCAGCGUUUCAAACGCCAUCAAGACAGCAGACCUCCGUUUCAGAAGCAAACGUGGAGCAGGGGCCUGAGACGACGUCUCCAUUGAAAAAGCGCACAGACAUCUCGCCAAGGCACUACUUUGAGACGCUGCUUGCCAGCCCUAUGUUCAAGAGAGCUAACCUGGACUCUGCUGCAAAAGAGGAUCAUGGGAUCAAACAGUGGUUGUUGCAUAACAUUGUGUGGUUCUUCAUUGUGAAGAAAGGCUUGGCAGAUUUGACCAAUCUGUAUGCGGGAAAGCAGGAUGGCAUCAUCAUCAACAAGCUCUUCAAGCCCAAAGAAGCGACUGACGUUGAACCCCAGCAGACAGGCGUGCGCAGCGCCAAUGGUCUGGUCGUAGACGCCCCUACUCUGGAAAGACUGGCCAAUGCAUCAAGCAGUGGUCGCUCGAUCCGCCAGCAGCACUCUCAUAUCGCUCAGCAGGUGCACGGAAUCCUUGACAAGAAGCGGGCUAAGUCGGCGCAGCUGGCAAACACCUUCAGGGAUGGUGAUCCUGGAGACAAAGGACUGCGCAGGAGGUUUCUGGUUUUGAACGAGAGAUUUCUCAGUCCCGACGAGCGGCAAUUCAGUUUUGCAAAGGAGUGGGCCACAGUGCAUGAUCGCGGAGUUGACCCAGAAGCCAAAAGGCUUUUCGCUGUAUUUGAAACUGAGAAUAUUGAGGAGUUCAACUUCCUCGUAGGGCCUAUGCUUGAAGGAGAGUACGGCGUCGCCCCCUGGAGUACUCAGAUCAAGGUGCUGCCCCAAACCCCUGCCUCACACAACUUCUCUUCAGAAGAAGAGGCUGCCGCACCCGCAGCCACUGAGCUUCCGUUCUGCACGUUCGACCUCGAGGAUCGCGUGGAGGUACGUGUCUCCAGGCCAUUCUGCCCUUUUGAGACCAAGAAGGAGGUGACUCUUCAAGAGUGCGACGAGCUGGAGGACGCCAUCCCGCCAAAGAAUCUGUUGAUUCUGGGUGGGAAGAUGCCGGAGUACCUUGACUACGACUUUGACAAAUUUGAACAGGGACUCCAGCACAAGCGGAAGUACGACGAGAUAUCCACCACAAACUUCCCCGUCAGUGACUGGCGCAAUGAAAUCUCGUUGCCCUACUCAAUCGACAGGAGUGAGAGUAAGCGGUCCAUCCAGGCAGGAGCCUUUGUCAUCUCGUUCAAGAAACGCCCGCUUGCUGAGAAGAGAAAGCUGAUUUUGAACGCGGAUGAUGACUCGGACAAUGAUUGA